CCAUAAUCAGACUUCUGAAUUUACCAAUUAAAAUUAAGUUUCUAGAAAUUCACACGCGGAGGGAAUAUGAGGCGGUUACCACCGUGGAUGCUCGGUGGCGCUUCCACCGGUGAAGCAACUGAUCCACGCAACGUAUCAGAACCAGAAGAAGCUCCCAAACCAAAGGCUGAGAAAAGACCGAGAAGAAACGUAAAACCCAAAGAGAAAGACUUAAAUCUCAAUUCAGAUGAACCUAAACGAGCUCGUAUGAAGAUUGGAGAUGAAGCUAAGCGUAGCUAAUGAUGGUCGGAGAUGGUUCAACCAGUCAUGACUGAUUUAGAAAACCAAGAUCUCACUGUUGAUGACUUGUUAAGCUUUGCUCAUGAGUAUGUCCAAAGUGAUGAAGUGGUCCAGACAAGCAAAGAGGAUCAAGGGCUUUCAUCAAUGUCUGAAUCAAACAUUGCAACAUCAUCUCAAGGAGGAACCAGAGAUUUAACAGCACAGGACAUGUUAGCACUGCUAAUAGGUCCUUUUUUCAAGAAACACUAAGGAAUCUAAUAAUCUGAAUUUGGUUUUGUAAGUGCUUCAACGUAUAUAUAUGAUCAAGCUUCAUAUUUUUUUUUUGCCUAUGAUAUAUGAAAGACGCAAAAUACAAUAUUGAAAGAGGAGGAACAAGUAAUGUAGGAGCUACUGAGUUCAUAAGCCCAAGUACAAGGGCAAACGAAAGCAUUAGUGCUCCUGAAAACAUAAAGAUUUCUCAGUUUUGGCAACUAAAAGGACCGAAAGCACCACUUUUUCAAGCGCAUCAGUGACGUGCUGCCUUAAUCAACAUCUAACACAUACAAACAUGUACACAUAUACACAUACACGUACACGAAUCAGAGACCUAAAGAUUGAAUCACAUAAC